AUGGCAGAGCCGCCGGCGAAGCGUGCUCGCCGCGUGGAUAGUUCAGCGAUGUGGGACAUGGAUGACCGAGGGUCGCGCUCCCCUGGAACGACGGACGACGUGAAGCACCCCGCGGCGACAAAAGAUACCGCUCCCGGUCGAGGGACAGGCGAGAAAAUCGACGAGAUAGGAGCAGGUCUAGGGAUCGCCGCGAUCGGGACCGGGAUCGAGAUCGUGACAGAAGAGACCGUGAUAGGGAUGGGCGCGAUGCAAGAGUUCGUGACAGGAGUGUCAGCCGUGAAAGAUACUCUGACAGACGAGGAGGUUAUCCUUCCAAGGGCGACAGAUAUCGCGACCGAUCCCGUUCACCGAUUCGGAACGGCGCUCGAGACAGGACGCCGCCAGGACGGGGCUCACGGGGUGACCGCAGAAACGACCGCAGAGACCAACGAGAUCGACCGAACGGAAGACAUGGACAUGGAUUUGGACGACGCAGCUGGGGGGGAUGAUAUCGAGGAGCUUAUGCGACGGAGCAUGGGAUUCUCAAAAUUCAGGAGUACCAAGAACACAAAGGUCCCUGGAAACAAUGCCUACGGCGUGCGCAAAGAGAAGAAGACAGAGUACCGUGGCGGUAUUAUUGGAUGCUGCUCAGCCUACUACCUGACGCGACACCCUUCGUUCGAUCCCUCUCGUCACUCCGUGACUCUCAUCGAAGCAUCCGACAUCGCAGGGGGCGCAUCCGGCAAAGCGGGCGGCCUGCUGGCGCUGUGGGCAUAUCCGAGCAAUAUCGUACCGCUAAGCUACAAGCUUCAUGCGGAAUUAGCCAAAGAGCAUAAUGGAAAGGAUAGAUGGGGCUAUAGAGAGGUUGGCUGCGCACAGUUGGUCGCACGAGGCCGCCCACUGGGCGAGAAGAAAGACGGAGAAAGUGCCGGUGGCUCCUUAUCGCUUCAAAAACGCAGCGCAGCCGCUAUGGGGAAAUUAAAGACGGCCAGAGCGCCCCAGGAGCUGGACUGGGUCGAGCCGGAGUUGAUUAGAGGCUACGAAAGCAUGAGCGACCCUGGCGAAACUGCGCAGGUGCAUCCUUAUCUCUUCACAACGUCGAUCGCCAAGCUCGCGGAGGAGAAGGGCGCCAAAGUAAUAUUGGGCUCUGUCUCGGAUAUUGACUACAAAGGUAAUGGGGUUAAGUCUGUUACAUAUACAGAGAAGGAAACGGGUCAGGCGCAAACCAUUCCUGCUACCGAUGUUGUCGUCGCUGCUGGCCCAUGGACAAGCUCCAUCAUGCCUGAAGCCCCAAUCUCGGCAAUGCGCGCGCACAGCGUUGUGAUUCGUCCAACGAGGCCAGCGAGUGCUCAUACCCUCUUUACCAACAUCGAGAUCCCGGCCAACUUUGAUCCGUCCGUCAAGUCGCGGCCAACUGUGGCCUCCCCAGAAAUCUACGCUCGCCCGGACGACACUGUGUACGCUUGUGGAGAAGGAGACCAGGUGGUUCCGCUCCCAAGUACAACCGCAGAUGUUGAAGUCGAUCAGCAACGAUGUCAGGAUAUCAUCAACCAGGUUGGAUCCAUUUCCGAUGCGCUUCGUGAUGGCGAGGUCACAGCACGCCAGGCCUGCUACUUGCCUAACGUAAGCUCAUCCCGUGGUGGCCCGCUGGUUGGUCAUACUGGUACGAAGGGACUUUACCUCGCUGCUGGUCACACCUGCUGGGGUAUUCAGAAUGCGCCAGGCACGGGAAAGCUGAUCAGCGAGUUUGUGUUUGAUGGCCGUGCAAAGAGUGCCAACAUCGGGUCUCUGGAUCCAAGGAACUUCCUGUAA